GUUUUUCAUCGCGACAUCAAGUGCCCCAACAUCUUGUUGGAUCGCAACGGCACUGCCAAGAUUGCCGACUUCGGCUUGGCUUGCUGCUCCCACUACAAGGAGCAGAAGGUCCAGCAGGCCGCCGGGACCGUGGGCUAUGCCUGUCCGCACUAUGUCAACAAAGGGGUGGUGACAGAGGGCAGUGAGGUUUACUCUUUCGGCAUUGUGCUGCUAGAGCUCCUGACCGCGGCACAGCCGGCCUACCAACUGCCGACACAGGCUCCCGAUAGCGGCGUGCAGUACUGCUUCUUGGUCAGCCAGAUCGGGAACGACGUGCGCGUGGCCGUGCAGAUGGCCGACGCCAAGGCGAAGUUCCCUGGGAACAUCGCCCAGAGCUUCGCAGCGCUCGGGCUCCGCUGCACGGAUUACACGGAGGAGUGCCGGCCGCUUUUUCGGGAGAUCGUGACGAAGCUGAGGGCCCUCUUGAACACUCCCGAGGCCCCGGCGCCGCCACCUCCUCCAGAGCCCGAGGCGUCUGCGCGACCCACCGCUCCGCAGCGCCCACAUGAGCCUCAAUCCUUUCAAGACCGCCACGGCUACCAGAGCCCUCUGGAGCUACAGGGCUUUGACAUCCGCCACAACCAGCGCCCACAGGCCUUUGAUGGCCGCGGCUACCAGCCCCAGCUUCAAGGUCUCGACACGCUUCCGGGCUUCCAUCCCAGCUCGGAGGAGGAGAGGCGGCCCUCGGUACACCGCCAAGCUUCCGCGCAGGAACGCUUCCAAGGCAUCUCGGUGCAAGUGAAUUUGCUUAGUGGGCCGCCGAGCCCUGCCAGCCUUCAGCUAGCGCCCGGCGCUGGCCGACCGCUUGGCCCCGGCCCCCCGCUCCAACCGGGGCUCCAAGCGCCCAGCCGGGCCUUGCUCUGGACCCUCGAGUGCGUGAAGUCGGAGUGCAGCUCCGAUCUGUCGGCCAAGCCCAAGGACCAAAGAGUCCUGGCACACUGGAGAGACAUGCUCCCCUACGAAAGGGACAUGGCCCACGCCUUGCCCCACUAUCGUUUCGGCCGUUUGUUUCAGAACGACUUCUGCCGAGUAAUGCUUCCGAACGAUCACUUCUUCUCGCAAGUGUCGCGGGAGCACUUCCAGAUCUGGGCUCAAGAGUGGCCGGAUCUGGGCUUUGAGUUCAAGGGCCAGCCUUGCUCCUUUUUCCUUACGAACUUCGGCACCGUUGGGACCGUGGUGGACGGCCAAGUUCUCGACACGAAGGGGCAGCAGGCCGCCCUGCACCACGGCAGUCGCAUCGCCCUGCUCCGGAAUGCAACGGACAACGGGCGGGAAUCAAAGGUGGAGUUCUUGGAGUUCAUCUUCAGUCUGGAAGGGUCUGUCCUGGAGGAUGCAGACGAAAUCUACGAGGCUGUGCCAGGUUCUCGGAGGAGUUGCGAUGCACCUUCCGGGCCUCUUCUCGGAGGCGUUUGUCCUUCGACGGAGACGGAGAGGUGCGGUGACGCCGUGCAAGGCGGCAUGUCCUUCGCAGGCACCGAUGUGGAACCAGUCUUCGUCCUCGAGUUGGGCGGCACUGCUCUUCGUGCCGGUGUGCCACGCGAGAACUUCCGCGUGCUCCACGGGCCUUCGGCCUCGGCCAUCGCGUCGGCGCCCAGCUGCGAGGUGCCGUGCCCGCCCCUGACCUUGGGCAGCCGACUCCAACCAGGCUUCUGGAAGAGGAUCCUGACGGAUGAUGCGAGGGGGCUCUUGGCAGAGCAGCACUUGCGGAUCGAGGUGGAAGAGAGCCUGGAGGGUCCGGAGCAAAAACGCUUCUACUUGAGGAAUCUCAGCGAGCUGUCUCUCAAAGUGGAGGGAGCGCCGGAGGGGCAUGACAGCACGCGCCUGCCGGACGAGGACGGGCGAUGGCAGCUGCACGACGGAGACAGCGUUCUGCUGAACCUGUGCAAGGGUAGCUCCAUGUGGAUGUGUUUCCGGGAGUUCGCCGCCAAGGCUCAGCCGAUCUGA